AUGCCUGCAUUUGCUUAUCCUAUGAUGAAAUUCGAUGAUGACGAUAAGUAGAUGAGUUGGAAAACAUUAGUUAAUACAGUUGUUCAGAAGCCUCAUGAAAAAGUGAUACCAGUUUAGUAGAUGCUAAACCUUCUUAAGGAUUAAUACGAUGAAUAUUCAGAUGUAAUGAAAGCCUUUACAUUUGGUUGGAAACUUAACAGAUAGGGAAAAGGUAUGUCAACUAUAAAAGAUAAAAUAAAAAGGAUUGAGGAAGCAAGACUUUAAAAAUGGACAGUUAAGUGUUUACUGCAUCAUAAAUCAACUUCAAUUUGUGGUGAGAGAGAUAAGAAUUUCAUGAGAGUGAGGGAAAAUCUAUAUAGAUUACCCUAGAAGUUUGCCUUCUUUUUAAUUGAUGAUGAUAAUGAGGACAUCUGGCAAUGCUUAAAAAGAUAGGUUUCUCAUCCAAACUUCUUGCAUUACUUACCCAUGGAGGAAUAAAACAAGCGACUCAAAUUAGAAAGAUAGGAAAAGAGCAGAAAAGGAACUAAUGGUGAGGUUUUAAAAUUGAUUGAUGAGGAGGAAAAGUUAAGAGAAGAGAGCAAAUCUAUUGCAGAUAGCUUUGCCUUAGAUUAUUAAAUACCGGAGUAAAUAAAAGAGGCAGAAAAAAAAGCGUUAUAAGAGAUUAUGGAUUAGGAAUACGAGGCCAAAAUAAAAAGAGAUUUAGCUAUUAAGGAAAUGAAUAUGAAUAUAGCUAAUUACAAAUUUAAUAGGAGGAAAUUCGGGAGAGAUAAUUAAUCGAGAAAUUUAAUUAACUAAGAUAGUGAGGGCUAGAUUGAACUUAAUGAUAAAAUAAAUCAAUUCAAAGAUUCAAUAACCCAAUAGCAAAUGGAUGAAUUAAGGCAGAGGAAGUUUGUUUAAGAGUCCAUUAAAAAAUAAAAAGAUAAACUCUUUCAGCAAUAAUACCAACAGAAAAAUAAAAAUAACCCCCUUUUUAGAAAGAUCUAUAGAUACAGGGAUUGGAAAAAUAUAUAUCUAGAUAGAAGUAAUUUUAAUACCAUUGAUGGAUCGAGAAAUCCUUUGUAAAGUAUUGAGCGCUCUAACAUUUACUAGUAAAAUGCAGAGAAACCUUCGCUAUAAUCAUUUGCUUCCCCAGUUUCAGCCAGCUUAAAUUAGGAUUCAUUUUUAGAUCAGAUCAUGAAUAAAACAUCAUAACUUUCAAGCAAUCAAAGAUAUUAGCAAUCAUUCUAUUCAAAUAAAUCUUCCUAGAAAAAAUCAAGAUAGAGAGAUUCAAGUUCUCAAUUUAGUAGUCAGUAUCAGUAAAAAAAUGUCUACAAAAACAUUGAAAAUACUGAAUUCAGUUCUAGAAUAAAUUAUUCAUUUAAUCAAGGAUCUUUAGGAGUGAGUUUAAAUGCUUAACCUAAAAGUAAAAGAAUCAGUCGCAGAUAUACAUCAAUCAUAAAUUCUCUAUCAAGAUAUACUUGA